AUGCCUUGGACACCGCCACCGCGCCCAGACCCAGAAUCACUCAAGAACCCGCCCCCAUUCGAACCUGUUCCUAUCAUCCACCUCCGCACCGGGAAAAUCCGCGCAGUCUUCAACAAAGCCGGCAUGACUUCUGCCAUCCACAAGACUCCGCUUGCCUUCCCAGUUACCAUUGCCGUAUCAGGCAUCGUCGGCGAUGAACACGCUUACCUCCCCCACCGCUCCCCAGAUAAAGCCAUCCACCACUACUCCUCCGCGCACUACCCUCAAUGGGCCGCCGAGAUCCCUGAGAGUGCGCAUAUCUUCAAGCCAGGAGCUUUUGGCGAAAAUUUGUUCAGCGAUGAGUUAGACGAGACGAAGUUGUGUAUCGGAGAUAAGAUUCGGAUAGGCGGCGUGCUGUUGGAGGUCAGCGAGCCGAGAGCGCCGUGCUAUAAACUCAAUCAUCGCUUUCAGGUCAAGAACAUGGCGAAUCGGGUGCAGAGUUUGCUGCGGACUGGCUGGUUGUAUCGCGUGCUUGAGCCGGGAGUUGUGGAAGAGGGUGCGAUGAUAGAGCUUGUGGAGAGGGUGCAUCCGGAGUGGAGUGUUGCGCGCGUGGCGUAUUACUUGUUUCUUGAGAGGGAUAACGUGGAGAUGAAUAAGGAGAUUGCGGAGCUGGCUGAACUUGGCGAGGAUAUCAAGGGGCGCUUUGAGAUGAGGUUGCAGAAGGGGAAGCUGGAGGACGAAGCGGGGAGGUUGUUCGGCGGUGAUGAGGAGAAGAUGGACACGUGGAACGAGUAUCGAUUGGUCGAAAAGAGGAGGGAGACGAGCGCCGUUACCGCGUUCGUCUUUGAAGCUGUGGAGUAUAUGGCCGAGGAGGACGUCAAGACCGUUGAGCCAGGGAGCCACGUUCGCGUCAAAUUAGGAGGGAAGUUAGUCAGGGCGUACUCUGUCGUGGGCGGAACGACAAAGCUCUUUGCCCUUGGCAUUGCGCUCGAUCCUGAGAGUCGAGGAGGCUCCAAGUAUCUACACCACGAGACGAAUGUCGGCGACAAACUCACCUUUAGCCGUAUCACAGCAUCAUUCCCUCUCGCUCAAGAUGCGGACAAGCACAUCAUCAUCGCUGGUGGCAUUGGUAUUACUGCUUUCCUCGCUGCAGCCGAGUAUCUCCGUACUUCGAAACAAAACUACGAGCUGCAUUUUGCAGUCUCUUCCGGGGUCCCUUUCGCUGCACAAAUCGAAGCGCUUGGCUCGAAUGCGAAAGUAUACAACAAAGCUCUUGGUCAGCGCCUCGAUCUGAAGAACAUCAUCGCCGGUGCUGACCCCACUUCGCACGUCUACACUUGUGGUCCACAGCGACUCAUGGAUGCUGUUGCCUCCGUUGCGAAGGAAUACGGAUUGGCCGAUGCCUCUGUUCACUUCGAGCAAUUCGUGGUGGCAGCAUCAGGCGAUCCGUUCACAGCGGAGCUAAAGCAAAGUGGAAAGACGCUGGAAGUUGGGCCCACUCAGUCUCUUCUGGACGUGCUACGGGCCGUCGGAAUGGACAUCGACUCUUCUUGCGAAGUGGGGAACUGCGGUACUUGCAGGGUGGACGUGUGUUCUGGCCGCGUGGAACACCGAGGAACCGGGUUAGGAGAUGACGAGAAAAAAGACAGCAUGCUGAGUUGUGUCAGUAGGGGUGUAGGACGGAUCAUCUUGGAUCUCUGA